AUGUCGGCACCCAUCUUUGCCCAAGAGGCUACGCAGGAGCGAGCCGAGAAUGCACGUCUAUCCUCCUUUGUCGGCGCAGUCGCUCUCGGCGAUCUGGUCAAGACUACGCUUGGUCCGAAAGGCAUGAACAAGAUCCUUCAGAGUGUCGGAUCCAACGAUAUUGUCGUCACCAACGACGGUGCCACCAUCCUGAAAUCGAUCCAUCUCGAUAAUGCUGCGGCCAAGAUUCUCGUCAACAUCUCCAAGGUACAGGAUGACGAAGUUGGUGAUGGCACCACCAGUGUUUGCGUGCUUGCUGCUGAGUUGCUCCGGGAAGCCGAAAAGUUGAUCGAGAUGCGCAUUCACCCGCAGACCAUCGUCGAAGGCUACCGCAUCGCUUCGGCCGCCGCGCUGAAAGCGCUCGAAGAUACUGCUGAGGAUCAUGGCACUGACGCAGCCACGUUCCGCGAGGAUCUGCUCAACAUUGCGCGCACCACGCUCAGCUCCAAAGUACUCUCGGCCGAUAAAGACUACUUUGCGAAUCUCGCCGUCGACGCAGUGUUGCGCCUCAAGGGGUCGACCAACUUGGAGCACAUUCAGAUCAUCAAGAAAGCCGGUGGCAAACUUACCGAUUCUUACCUCGACGAAGGCUUCAUCCUCAACAAAAAGAUCGGCACCAACUGUCCCAAGUCGCUCAGCAAUGCCAAGAUCCUUAUCGCCAACACGUCGAUGGAUACGGACAAGAUCAAGGUGUUUGGUGCACGUGUUCGCGUCGAGGGAACGGGCAAGUUGGCCGAACUGGAACGUGCCGAGAGGGAAAAGAUGAAGGCCAAGGUGGACAAGAUCAAGGCGCACGGUAUAACGUGUUUCGUCAACAGGCAGUUGAUCUACAACUACCCGGAAUCGCUCUUGGCGGAAGCAGGCAUCAUGUCGAUUGAGCAUGCGGAUUUCGAAGGUGUCGAACGGUUGGCACUGGUGACGGGUGGUGAGAUCGCCUCGACAUUUGAUCGACCGGAUCUGGUCAAGUUGGGAUCAUGUGGUAAGAUUCAGGAGGUCAUGAUUGGCGAGGACAAGUUGAUCAAGUUUAGCGGUGUGGCUGCUGGCGAAGCGUGCACGGUGGUUCUGCGAGGUGCCACCAGUCAGAUGCUCGACGAAGCCGAACGAUCUCUGCACGAUGCGCUGUCGGUGCUGUCUCAGACGGUGGGCGAAACGCGCGUACUGCUCGGUGGUGGGUGUGCCGAAAUGUCCAUGUCGAAAGUGGUCGACGAAGCCGCACGUUGCACGUCUGGCAAGAAAGCGAUUGCCACCGAGAGUUUCGCCAAAGCUCUACGACAGCUGCCGACCAUCUUGGCGGACAACGCCGGUCUGGACAGCAGCGAGCUCGUCGCCCAAUUGAGAGCUGCCCAUCAACAAGGCAACAAGACGGCUGGCUUGGACCUCGAUGUUGGCAAGGUGGCGGAUAUGAAACAAAAGGGUGUUAGGGAGAGCUACAAGUUGAAGCGCCAGGUGGUCGUCAGUGCUACCGAAGCAGCAGAGAUGAUUCUCAGGGUGGAUGAUAUUCUCAAGUGCGCUCCUAGGAGACGUGAGGCUCAUUAG